UCCGUGACCGGCGUGGGGGGCGGUGGAGGAGGAGGUGGCGGUCGACGGGCACCGAGCCUACGAUUGGUGAACGGAAGAGCGACUACGGGCGUGAGUUUACAUACCAGCAGCACUGAAUCCGUACGCUCUCCCCAUCACCACCUCGGUCAGCAGCAAACUGUCGGCAACAACUGCCACGCCGGUAACAACCCCGCCGCGAACAAUCAUCCGAGGCUCAACAAAGAUGACAGCAUCAAGAUCAGCAUUGAGAACACCAACACUUGUACAGAUAGCCUCGUUACUGCUCUAGACGACGAGACUCUGCUCAUUACUGAUUUCCUGGGCGAUACAGGCAACGAGAUGAAUUACAAGGGCAGCGGAAAGGUCCACUUCGGAGUGGACGAUGUGUCCCUCUAUGGGACCCCGAAGGAGGAGCCUCUUCCGGGUCUGCCGGGUCAAGAGGUUAAACAGAGCUUCCUGAAGAAUCAGCUUCAGGCCCUGUUCCAGCCGACGGACAACAAACUGGCCAUGAAGCUCUUCGGCAGCAAGAAGGCGCUCAUGAAGGAACGGAUCAGACAAAAAGCCGCAGGUCACUGGGUCAUCCAUCCUUGCUCCAGUUUUCGAUUCUACUGGGACCUCUGCAUGCUCCUCCUAUUGGUAGCUAAUCUGAUAAUUCUGCCAGUCGCCAUUAGUUUUUUCAAUGACGACCUAAGCACUAGAUGGAUAGCCUUCAACUGCCUUUCCGACACGAUAUUUCUUAUAGACAUCGUCGUCAACUUCAGGACGGGUAUAAUGCAGCAGGAUAAUGCCGAACAAGUGAUACUGGAUCCGAAGUUAAUUGCAAAACACUACCUAAGGACUUGGUUCUUUCUCGACCUCAUUUCCUCCAUACCGUUAGACUACAUUUUCCUUAUAUUUAAUCAAUUUCAGGAUUUCAGCGAAUCCUUCCAGAUUCUACACGCUGGACGAGCUCUCAGGAUUCUUAGGCUUGCAAAACUGUUGUCACUUGUUAGAUUACUACGCUUGUCAAGAUUGGUGCGGUAUGUCUCGCAAUGGGAAGAGGUCUAUAUCCCCCUUUAUCAACAGCCGGAGAGGCACUACGAGCGUCGGGCGACACCGCCCCAACCAGACCGAACCAGCAAGAUAUUGCAGAACCUACAAAAAAAACGCACUGAGCGGAGGGGGCGCCUAAGUUCUGACAAUAUGACUAAAAAGAAGUCCGGUUUCAGCAAAAGCGACCUUAUUUUUAAGUUCCUGAAUAUGGCGUCGGUGUUCAUGCGGAUUUUUAACCUGAUCUGUAUGAUGCUCCUAAUCGGCCAUUGGAGUGGCUGCCUGCAAUUCUUGGUACCUAUGCUUCAAGGAUUUCCCAGUAAUUCUUGGGUAGCCAUUAAUGAAUUACAAGACUCGUUUUGGUUGGAACAAUAUUCGUGGGCCCUCUUCAAAGCAAUGUCGCACAUGCUGUGUAUCGGAUACGGCAGAUUCCCGCCGCAGUCCUUGACCGACAUGUGGUUGACUAUGCUCAGCAUGAUCAGCGGUGCGACGUGUUACGCUCUUUUUCUUGGACACGCAACAAAUCUCAUUCAAUCUCUUGACUCCUCGAGAAGACAAUAUCGCGAGAAGGUAAAACAAGUGGAGGAAUACAUGGCCUAUCGAAAAUUACCGAGGGAAAUGAGACAGAGGAUAACGGAAUAUUUCGAGCACCGCUACCAAGGAAAGUUCUUCGACGAAGAGUUAAUCCUUGGGGAGCUUUCGGAAAAAUUGAGAGAAGAUGUGAUCAACUACAACUGCAGAUCACUAGUAGCGUCUGUGCCCUUUUUUGCCAACGCCGAUUCAAAUUUUGUCUCGGACGUCGUCACAAAACUCAGAUACGAAGUCUUCCAGCCAGGUGAUAUCAUCAUUAAGGAAGGUACUAUCGGCUCGAAAAUGUACUUCAUACAAGAGGGCAUAGUCGAUAUUGUGAUGGCAAAUGGGGAAGUUGCGACCUCGUUGUCAGACGGAUCUUACUUCGGCGAAAUCUGUCUGUUGACGAAUGCGAGGAGGGUAGCAUCAGUUCGAGCGGAGACCUAUUGCAAUCUUUUCAGCCUCUCGGUGGACCAUUUCAAUGCUGUAUUGGACCAGUAUCCGUUAAUGCGCAGAACGAUGGAGAGCGUUGCCGCCGAGAGGUAUAAGCUUUGGUUAAACAAAAUCGGGAAGAAUCCUAAUCUAGUGGCUCAUCGCGAGGAGGAUCUCGGCAGCGAAUCAAAAACGAUCAACGCUGUGGUAAAUGCACUUGCAGAGCAAGCCGCGCAUGCUAGCGCCAGCGAGGAAUCAGUACACAGCAUGGAGCUCAGAACGCUGCCGGCUUGUCUCUUGCCCAGACCAAAGUCUGAAAACAAUUUUGCGAGCCAAGAACUUACGAGAGAAGGACGGAGGAUCUUCCACAAAAGCGACACGUUCCAUAAGGAUUCGUAUCAAUGACGACACUCGUUUUACUAGCAUACGCAGAGAUAUUAAUGGCUCCAUGUCAAAAUAACCUAGGAUUUGUUUCGUUGAUAGGACGAGUUAGUGGUUUUGCGCCCGGCGCUUAGACGGUCCUAUAGCAGCGGUCUAUACAUAGAUAUCGGUUAUGCCAGUAGUCCUUUAGCAAUCAAUUUGUAGCACUUUCUUAUAUUAACUUAAUAUUUUCGUCUAGGACCGCAAAACUGCUAAAACGAUCGAAUCCUUACGAACUCCAACUGUGGUAUACGAGAACGUGUAAAUUCACGAAAAGUUUGCUCGGAAAAAAAGUAACGCAUUAUCGUUAUAUAUUAUAUCUGAUAAUUAAUGAUGUGUAAGAUGUAAACACACAAAUUACAUAUUUUAUAAUAUCUUUUGCGACAGAAAGAAUAGAUUUGAAGACCAAAGGGGAAAAUUCAAUUCCUUUUAUCUUUCAAACUUUGUUCGAUUUCUUUCAAACCGUAACGACAAAAUGCUUUAUUACUCCUUUUUCUCGCCGUAAAGUUUUAAUCUUUUACUAAAAUAAGGUAAAAAAGAAUUUAUAUCUCGGUUGGAGAACAUGGAGCCGUAUCUUACGCCGCGUCUCUUUAUUGAGAAUAAUCGCAGCGUCGUAUCAGGUGCAAUAUUAAAGAAAAACGGAUAGAUGCAGCGAAGAAUGAAGAUCUCAAAGACGACGAAGAGCAGGCCUAGAAAUAUAUAAAGAAUAUGUAGCCCACAUCGCGUGGAGAAAACAAAAAUAGGUAUAAUCCUAAAUAACAGUGUAACGAUGCGUAAUUCUCUGUGAUUUUGCAAGUUGACGUUUCGCACCUUAGGAAAGAAAAAAACGAUCUAUAUGGAGAAUUAGGAUGCUCUUUUUUUUAAGGCAACAACUAAUAUAGAGAAAUCGUAUGUUGUAAGACCAGAGUAUCCCGAUUAAGUUAACGUGAUUUAUUCUUAGCUUCAUACUCUGUUAGAGUUGCGUAUAUAAUAAAUAAAACGAAUACUAAUGCGUAAUAAUUCGUGUUGAAAAGAAAAGAUUAAAAAAAACGAAAAAAUGUGUGAAGAAGGAAAGAUUCACAAAGAAUGGGUCAUUUUCUUUUUAGAGAAAGCUUCUUCUGGUUUUACAGACGCGAAAUAAAUUUAAGUUCAGAACUUGCUUAUUUAUUAGAUCAAGUUUUGUUUUGCUACAUUUUGAUUCGCUUCGAAAGCAUAAUAACGAUAAAGCCGAGUAAUGAUUAUAUGUUGUGACUCGGUGUCGGAUUAAUUCGACAGACCGUCCUGAUACAUAAAUAGGGUCGGUAAAAAAGAUUAUGAUCGUGCGUUUGAGAGAAUCUGUGGAUGAAUUCAGAGAGAGAGAAAGAGAAAGAGAGGGAGUAGAGAUGAAUUAGGAUUAUAUGGAUUAACUGGUUCUACAAAUGCUACCGAGGGCCCGGAGGCUGUGUUUUCUUGUUGAGAGUUCUUCGGGCCGUUAUGGUUAUAUGUCAAUGAAUGAAUAUUAAGUGAAACGCAAGCAAAGUAUCUUUUUAUGAGAUGAAAACAAAUACGCGAUGUACUAUAAGAGAAGAUGAAUACUAUGUAAUAAAUUAUUAUUAUUGUUACGAUUA